AAAAUAAUAAGAUGGGGUCGUGUUGUGCAAACACUACAUAGGAGAAAGAUUCUUUUACUGCUAUAACAGCUCCAAUAUAAUAAAUAAGCAAUGAAAAUUUAGAAGUUAAGGAACCUUUAAAAAUAAAGGAAUCGAAUGAAACUCCAAGUUCACCAAGAAGAUCAGAAAAAAACGAUGUAUCAGUUGAGAUUAAAAUAUAGCACAGGAAGAGAAUUAUGUGAGCAUUAAGAGUUAUAGAGGAAAGUUAAUAGAGAACACUAAUGUAUAUAUGCAUUCUUUUAAUAGUAUAGAUAUUUGAUGAAUAAUGUUCACUUGCUCUAACAAUAUAUAAUUCUUUAGGUAUUUAUGUUAAGAAUUAAAGGUCCAUUUCCAUUUCCAAUAAUAAAAGAUCAGACACUUACUUAUGCUGGUCCAGUUCAAAUUGAUGAAGGGUAAGAGUAAAAAUAGAUGUUAGAUCAAUUUAUAUGGGAUAAUGGUCAGAUGGUAAAAGACAUGGAUUUGGAAAAUAGUUAUAUAAUUAUGGAUCAAUAUAUGAAGGAGAAUGGUAUAAUGAUUAAUAGUAGGGAUAUGGGAGAAUUGUGCUUUCUAAUGGAGAUUAGUAAGAUAUUAAUUGUAAAAAUAAGUUAUGAAGGAUAAUGGAAGAAUGAUAGGGCAUGGGGAAAAGGAAAAUAUGUAACAAUAGAUGGAACUACAUAUAAUGGAGAUUGGGUAGAUGAUAAAUAAUAAGGAGUAAAUUAUGAUAUAUUUAUAAUGAGAGAGGAGUUGAGGAAUGGAAAAAUGGUUAAAGAUAUGAAGGCAAUUAUUUAAAUGGAUAAAAAACUGGUUAUGGAAUAUUUUAUUGGCCAGAUGAUUCUAAAUAUGAAGGAGGAUUAUUAGAUGGAAUGCCACAUGGAAAUGGUGAAUAUACUUGGAAAGAUGGCAAAAAAGUAUUAUGAUAAAUUAAUAUUAGUAUAAAGGAGAAUGGAUGUUUAAUUAAAUGCAUGGAUAUGGAGUUUAUAUUUGGCCUGAUGGAAAAACAUAUAAAGGAAAUGUAAUUAAUUUUAAUACUAUUAUUAGUUUGAAAAAGAUUAAAGAGAAGGUUAUGGAGAAUUAGAUUGGGCAGAUGGUAGAAUUUAUAAAGGUAAUUGGAAAUAAGGUAAAUAACAUGGAGAAGGAUCAUUUAUUUAUAAAAAUAAAAUAAGAAAAGGAGUAUGGUAAAAUGGAUAACCAACUAAAUGGGGUCAAAGUGAAAUAUUAUCAUCAUAAUGAC